AACCCCUAGGUUGGGGCGUGACACCUACUCUCCCGAUCCUUAAAUAAAUCGGAAAUCUGACCAAUUUCUGACCGUCGCCGUUAACAUUCCAAGCCCGCCGGAAAUCCUCCACCACAUCAGCGCCGAGAAGCUCAACGCCCUUCUCCUUCGCCUUCUGAUACGCGGACCACGUCCUCGGGAGCAUUAAGUACUCAUCAAAACUCAUCAUCCUCUCUAUUGCGAACUGAUCAAACGGGCCCGUGUCCGACUCUCCCUCCACCGGCUCGAAAGGGAAAUCGAUCGUCGUGUACUUCUCAUCCACCAAUUUCCGCUCCGGAUCCCAGUCAAGGUUAUUGUCGAAUCGUAGCAGGACGGCGUCGACGGCCUCGUUGACUUCCGGCAGGCAGUAGCACCAGGCGGCGAUCACUCCGUCGGGUUUCUUCAACACCCACCUCACCUGUUACAAUUAUUCGCAGAGAUUAGUUACUAUUUGCUUGAUAUCUUGUUUGCACGCGAUUUUCUGAUUGUUGGUUGAUAUUUGGCUUAUGCCCACCACCCGUUUGUUUAAAUUCCUCUUACACAUUCUUUUACCAUUGGUCUAUAUAGUUUCUCUUUCUUUCACAUUAACAUCUGUUAUAGAUUCACAACCUGUUCGUAGAAUUUGGGGAGGUCGAACCAGUGCAUGGCUGUGGCCACCGUCACCAGAUCCACACUCGAUUCUGUUGCCACCACCUUCUGUUGGAGCUCUUCCAAAGACAUUGUCGGAGGGGUGUGUUGGUACCGUAUAUUGGGGAGCUUAGUUGCGUGCUCCAGUUGUGUUGGGCUGGUAUCUGUGGCUACAACAUUCUUGUAUAAUUCAGCCAACUGAAAAGUGGGAAAGAAAAAACAUGUUAAAAAAUGAAGCAUCUUGAUAUGGGGAUGACAGUUUGCCCAUCCCCUGAAGGAAUGGGAAAAGAGUCCGCCGGUGUGAUCGAGAUGAGACUUACAGAUCGGGCAGCCUGGCCGGUGCCAGUGCCGACAUCCCAAGCAAGAUCAUGAGAAGGUGUCUUGGAGGCAAUGUACUGAAAGAGCUGCUUGGGGUAACCGGGGCGACCCACGGCGUAGUGUUUCGCCUGAUUAAUGUAUAGAUUUGCCAUUUGGAAGAAUUAUUGUCUGUGAUCAAGAUGAGAUUCGAUAAAUUUUAUUAUUUGGA